GGGACGGGGCGCAGCAUCGCCUGCAUCCCGACCUGGGAGGACGCGGUGGGCAGCUGAGGCCCGGGCCUCGCCCGCUGCAGCCCGCGGACGCUCCGGGAGCCGGGGGUCAGGUCGCCCCCCGCCCCGGCUUGCUCGCCCGCCUCCUGGCAGCCCCCUCUGCCCUCCAGCCGGAGCCCCGUCCGCUCCUCUCCCGCCCUCCCGGGCAUCCGUCCUCUGGUCCCCCUGCCCCGGGCCCAUGCGGCAUUCACCCCCGGAGAGAGCGCCCACCCCAGCCUGGCAUCACCCCGGCCGGGCGGCCGGUCCUGCGCCCGGGCCCCGCGGGAAUGGCCUCGGGGGUCGCCCCGCCCCGCCCUCUAAGCCCCCCACGGGGGUCAGCUAAGUGUCCUCCCCCGUUGCCUUGCUGCCCCCUUCCCGCCCGGCCCCUCCCCGGGGCUGCGUUUUUACAGAUCGAAAUCCCUCUUCCCCGUUUCCGUUGUUUUUAGGGGGUUGGCACAGACAAAGGGCACUUCUGUAGAGGGAGCUGCCCGGGGGCAGAGUGUGGGUGCGCGCGUGGACCUCCUGCCCGGGGGCCGGCGGGCCGGGCCACUCCCACCCCCCUCCACCGACACCCGGCCGGAGCCCCCCUCCUCCUCCUGUCCACCCCCCGAGGUGCUAAGCCUGCCCAGAGAGGUCGGGCUGGGCUUGAGAUGCGUGGGUCCCCCGGGGAAGCGAGGGUGUGCACGCGUGGACCCCAGGAUCCCGUCCUUCCCGAGGCGGGAGCCGGGACCCCCAGUUGGUGCUGGACGCCUCCCUCGUCCCCCUCUUUUUAGCGGCGGUCUGGGCCCGCCAGACCUCUCCUCCUUGAGCCCCAGGACUCCUGUCAUUGUUCGGCUGCCUUGCCCCAGACUCGAUGGGAGUGGGCCGGCUUCUUUCUCAUCCGAGUCUGGAGCAAGGGUGAGCGCCCGCGUUUUCUUUCGCCUGUUUUGUAAAAGGAAAAAGAAAAAAAAGGGGAGGGGGCCCGUCAAGGAUCACCCCACGCUUCAAGGAUCCUCUCUGGUCCAGAGUGGCUCCUGAUGUUGCACUGAUUCUCUUUUUGUUAUUUAUUAUUUUAUGUGGAUAGAACCACGCCCGGGUUUCUUAAAGGGGCGCUGCGCUCCAGUUGGAAAUACAUUGUUCCUCUGGCGGGCGGCGAAUGGGUAGCGUCCUGUGAGCUACCCACAUUUUUGUGGGGGGUUUUUUUCCCACCCGAGAUAUUUUAUUUUCAAGACUCUGGGAUGCUGGGAGGCAAAAGGGGGGCCGUCGGAGGGGCCGCUGCCUCCUCUGCCACCGGGGCCAGGAGGUCGGAGGCUGGAGAAGGGGCGGCUCAGAGGGAAGAAGAGCAAGAGGAGGAGGGGGAUGAAGAUCUCCGAGAUGGGGGCGUCCCCUUCUUCGUCAACCGUGGCGGUCUGCCCGUGGACGAGCCCACGUGGGAGCGGAUGUGGAAGCAUGUGGCCAGAAUCCACCCCGAUGGGGAGAAGGUGGCACAGAGGAUCCGCGGGGCCACAGACCUGCCCAAGAUUCCCAUACCAAGCGUGCCUGCGUUCCAGUCAUCCACAGCCAUCCCCGAGCGCCUGGAAGCCAUUCAGCGCUACAUCAGGGAGCUGCAGUACAAUCACACCGGGACACAAUUCUUUGAAAUUAAGAAGAGCAGACCUCUGACUGGGCUAAUGGACCUGGCCAAGGAAAUGACCAAAGAGGCUCUGCCAAUCAAAUGCCUGGAAGCUGUGAUCCUGGGAAUUUACCUCACCAAUAGCAUGCCCACGCUGGAGCGCUUCCCCAUCAGCUUCAAAUCCCACUUCUCAGGGAAUGACUUCCGCCACAUCGUGCUGGGAGUGAACUGCGGGGGCCGCUAUGGGGCCCUGGGCAUGAGCCGCCGGGAAGACCUCAUGUACAAGCCGCCCACCUUCCGCACGCUCAGCGACCUGGUGCUCGACUUCGAGGCCGCCUACCGCCGCUGCUGGCACGUGCUCAAGAAGGUCAAGCUGGGCCAGUGCGUGUCCCAUGACCCGCAUAGCGUGGAGCAGAUCGAGUGGAAGCACUCGGUCCUAGACCUGGAGAGGUUGAAUCGGGAGGACUUCCGCAAGGAGCUGGAGCGGCACGCCCGUGACAUGAGGCUGAAGAUCAGUAAAGGCGCCGGCCCACCUUCUCCCAGCAAGGAUCGGAAGAAAGAUGUGUCUUCCCCACAGCGGAACCAGUCCAGCCCCCACCGCCGCAACAGCCGCGGAGAGCGACGACCCUCUGGUGAGAAGAAACCGGCUGAACCCAAAGCCAUGCCAGACCUGAACGGGUACCAGAUCCGCGUUUGAGGACAAAGUGAUCCGUUCUACCCCCACGGGCUCAGCGCCCAUGGUCUCAGCACCCAUGGUAUCAGCGCCGGCUCCCACUCUGGGGCUGGAUGCUCCCACCUGCCGCAAGCGUGGGGAGAGGACCGGGAGGUGAUGGACAGAUGGAUGGAUGGACAGGGGCACAGCGUGCUCAGCUGCUGCUUCUCUGACCCCACCCCCCUCAAAGCCCAGGAGGUUUUUCGCCCGGCCCGAUGGGCAGUUAGUAUUCCUGGUUUGGGUUUUUUAAUUCAGUACAAAAGAUUUUGGAUUUCAAACUAACAUAUCUGACACUCAACAGGCCACCCCUGGGCUGGGAUUGUAAGUGCCACGGGGGUGGGAGGCUCUGACGCUGCUGUCUCCUCCCAGGACCACAUCAGGGUUGUCGAGACCACUCAGGGUGGAACGGCCCGUCCACUUCCAUUUCUUUCCACCCUGCCCUGCUCUGAGCUGCACUUGCUGGACUUGGCAGGCAGAGUCAGGGAUUAUUGCCCUCCCCCCAUCCUGCCCCACUAACCCAAGGGUAGCAAGGGCAUAAGAGGAGUCCACUUGGGAAUUUCUCUUGACCCUACUACAUUUAGAGGGUCAGUUGUCCCUAGGCCUCCUUUCUCCCCUGCCCUCUGCACAAGAGAGUGAGUCAUUCUGAAACUCUUCAUUCUUCCAAGCCCCAGGGACCUAGGCAGGUGUGGCCCAAUUGAGGAGAGAAGCCAGCAAUCACAAAGGCUGUGCAGGAUAUGCAGUCAGGGCUAGCCCCCACUUGAAGGCACA